AUGAUUCAAACUGGCAAUUACAAGAUCCAGAACGUCAUGUUCAACACCCAGUUCGCUGACUUGGCAAAUGGUGACCCAGCGGAUGGCACCGAGGUCAUGGGUCACGAGGAAGAUGGCACCACAGCCGGGCAAAAACACCGCACAUUCUUCGUCGAGGUCGUGAACCCGGUUCUGGGCCUUGUGACAAUCAAGAAUGAGACCAGCGGGACUUAUGUUACCAUCAACGAGAGGACCAACAAGGUCGAAGGCAACCAUCAGUCCCAGGAGCUUCAGUUGUCCACUGAGGGCGGCAGCGAUUACGUGAUCCAUCGGUACAACGUCAACAGUGUGUGGAUCCUCAACGAACCCGCCGACUGGACCCAGAUCACUACUGCUCCAGCUCCUCCUCCGGGCACUGCGGACUUCCUGAAGAAGUACUGGAAGUUCGUGGAGCAGUGA